GCAACAAUGUCUAAAAAGACCAAUUGCAACAAAAUGUUAGUUCAUCAAUUGUCAUCUGUAUUGCCUGAUGACAGGCCCAUUACAGCCAUAAGAGUUGUUGAAGACAUAGAUAAAUGUCCACCAAAUUUUACAGUGGUGUCAAGAACAUAUGAUCAAGAUACUGAUGCUGAUUUAUGGAGAGAAAGUGGACUUUUUAUUAAAAAGAAAGGCAGGUACAUAUGUUUUUCAAAGACUGAAGGGUUACCUCAUGUGGUUGAAGAUAUAGUAGUCAUUAAUGAACGAGAGAGUCCACCAGAAGGAUACAGCCUAAUUGCUUAUACUGUAGAUUCAAAACAGAAGGCAUGGAGGAAGAAACAGUUGUGCUAUAAAAUUAGAAAUAAGGAAUCAUGCUCGAAAGCAGUUACUGAUAUUAUCAUAUGUAGUAGGAUUACAAAUAAGGUUUAUACAUCUAAAAUGGCACCAAAUGGGUUUAUUGCUGCUGGUGUCAUCAAUGGAGUUUGUGUUUGCUACAAAACUGUGGAUAUUGUAAAUGGGAAUUCAACCUCACAAUCAUAUGUUAAUAUAGAUUUACUUCAAAAUGCAUCCCCAAAUCCAUCCAAUGGAACACCCCAUAGAGUACCCCCUGAAAGACCACCAAAACCAAAGUUUUCGCCAAAACCAACAAACGGAAUUUAUCCACAAAUUAGUGGGAGUGGAGGAAAAGAUGUAGAGGAAUCUAAUGAUAGAGAUUAUGAAAUUCUAAGUCCCAGCGCAAGAAUUAAACCAACACGACCUGCUCCGCAACCACCUACUACAUCAACAAUUGUCGGAACUACAUCGAUUUAUGGUACAUUGCCAGGAUCUUCCGACUUGGACGGAGUCCCAUUCGUUCUUAAUCCACGUCUUAGUAUUCAUUCUGAUUCUUCUACAAAUAAACUUCCUGUGAUUAAAGUCUGGACUCAGAAAGACCUGGAUAAGGAGUUCUUUUACGACUUUCGUGCAGAAAGAGAAACUUGAAGAAACCACUGUGCCAAGCUAAUUGUGUGAU